AUGGCUGCUAAUUCCCAGAGCAAAUGGGUUUUCGUGAUGAGUGUUCUUGUUAUGUGCAUUGUUCUUGAGUUGAGUGUGAUCAGUGUUGUUGGCAAUGCGAAGCUUGACCAACAAAGGUUUGGAGAUGAUUGUCAUUUUGGACGUGGGCCAAGGUGUAAGGGUUGGAGGGGCCGUGCUGGUCCUGGUGCUGGAUUAGGGGGAGGAGGAGGUUUUGGGGGUGGAGGUGGAGGAGGUCUUGGUGGUGGUGGAGGUCUUGGCGGCGGUAAAGGUGGAGGAGGAGGUCUUGGCGGUGGUGGAGGUCUUGGAGGAGGUGGUGGACUUGGUGGUGGCAGUGGUGGUGGUCUUGGAGGUGGUGGAGGUUUAGGUGGCGGUGGCGGAGGUGGGACUGGUCAUGGUGGAGGUUUUGGUGCUGGAGGAGGUAUAGGUGGUGGAGUUGGAGGAGGUGGUGGAGGUGGAGGGGGCGGAGGAGGUGGAGGUGGUGGAUUAGGUGGUGGCUCAGGCCAUGGUGGAGGGUUUGGAGCUGGUGUUGGUGUUGGUGGAGGCUUAGGUGGUGGAGCAGGUGGAGGUGGAGGGGGAGGUGGAGGUGGUGGUGGUUUGGGAGGAGGUUCAGGCCAUGGUGGAGGAUUUGGUGCUGGUGGGGGUAUAGGAGGUGGUGUUGGUGGAGGAGCAGGAGGAGGAGGUGGUGCUGGUGGAGGAGGAGGAGGUGGAAUAGGUGGAGGUUCAGGUCAUGGUGGGGGAUUUGGUGCAGGAGGUGGUGUGGGAAGAGGAAUAGGAGGGGGUGGAGGAGGUGGUGGAGGAGGAGGCGGUGGUGGAGGUGGGACAGGUUUAGGUGGAGGUCACGGCGGAGGUGGAGGAAUUGGCAUCGGAAUUGGCAUUGGAGUUGGGAUUGGAGGUGGUUCCGGUGGUGGUUCUGGUGGUGGUUCUGGAAUUGGUGUUGGUGAAGGAGGUGGUGGGGGUAAACAUUAG